CUGGCGUCAAACGACUCACACUUCGAAACGAAACCUGUGCUGGUGAUAAACAGGCUUCAAACACCUCGUCGAUUUUGCUGAAACCACGUACCUUUCUCGGUUUGAUUCGCUCUGAAGUCUUUCGAAAUAGUGUUUUUCAAACUUUCCGAAGCGCUGUUUAUUUCAGGAUUGUUCUCCACUAAAAGAGUCGAACUUGAUUCGUGACUGUUACAUACAGAAUUACACGCAAGCUUCAGGAUGUCUCUGACAAUUGCUAAGGGUGAGGGGGUGACUGUCCUCACCAUCAGCUCAAAUCCAAAGAGCAAAUGGCCCCUUCUGUGUCAGAUUCUGGGUGUCCUGUGCUACAGUCCAGUGUAUUCUGUAUCUCGAGAUAUGACGGGGAAGUUGAAGAACACACAGACAGCUCUUGGGAUUGUGCAGAUAAUAGUUGGAGUCAUCAAUAUCGUGGUGGGGAUUUUCCUUGCAAGUGUCUGGAUAUUUAAUGACCUUAUGGACACUAAAGCUCCUAUUUGGAUUGGUAGUGUGUUCCUUCUAGUUGGAAUCAUGUGUGUUCUCGCAGCCAAGUUUCCCAGUUCAUGUCUGCUGGUCAUUGCAAUGAUCCUGAACAUUUUUAGUGCUGCACUGGCCAUCACAGCUGUUGUACUUUGUUCAGUGGACCUGGCCAUGGGAAGUAAUCAAUACUGUGAAUAUUAUUCAGAUUUUAGUUACCAUGAAACACCUUCCCCUGAACAGAGGAAGGAUACUGAGAUGUGUCUGUACUACAAAAAUCUGAAUCAGAUGAUCCUCGGAGGACUAGAUAUCAUGUUGAUUGUUUUUGCAGUCCUUCAGCUCUGUGUGACUAUCAGUUUCUGCGUUUUGACUGGAAAAGCUUUAUGCAAGAAGGGUGGGGAUGCAAAGUCUGUGGAGGACCCACAAAUUCACAAGCCACUCCUGGAAGAGGUCACUGCCAGUCCUGCAUGUUAAAAAGACAAGAUACAAAGCCAAGGAUACAUUGUUGUUAGAACAUGUUUCCAUAUUUCUCUUAAUACAUACAGUCUACUACAUCUGCAACACCAUUAUCAAGUUAAAUGUUUAUUCUUACUUUAUUUUCUCUAAAAUGUUGUUACUGCACAGUUUUUUUGGUAUAAAUAACUACAUCACUUUGG